UUUUUGAGUUUUUGAACUCAUAGACCGUGAAUGGCUUGGAUUGGACUGUAAAUAGGUUUCAUCAUACUGGCCUGCUGGUCUUCUGGCCAGAAUUUCUACGAAACAAGGGCAAGUAUCACUGAUACAGAGAUACAAGAAGUUCAGUGGUCCUCCUUCAAAGAAGUUGAACGAGACGCCGAACAUGUCGUUCUCAGACAUGUCGGCUUGGGAAUCUCGAUCAGGAAAUGCUCAGCACAUCUCCAAUUUCACCACAAUGGCCCAACGGAAAAGUUUCCGAUAUUGUUUAUUUGCCCGUAAACGAUGCUCCAAAAAAGUACCCUCCUAUUAUUGUUGAAGUUCAACAUACUGUUGACUUACAUUUUAUGUUUCGACUGAUGUCUUACUGUCAACAAUUAUUCCUUCAACACAAGGUUGUACCAGUGGUUUUCGUUUUCGUUAUUUCUCAAAUCAAGCACGAAGUAACGGUGAAUUGCAAAACUUCUCGUAGUCACAUAAUCUGAAAACUAUCAAUAAACCCCCCCCUCCUCAUAAAACGUGUUAAAGUCUGCACAGUUCGCCUAAAAAAAAGUUUAUGCCUGCAUAUUGGACAUGUUAUUGUAACUUCUUUUGUGAUGUAUACACUUCUUACUUUUGAAGUAACUGGAUAUUCUCUUCAUAAAAUAUGCUUGAAAAAACACUGAUAAAACAUCACACGUAUGUAGGUAUAAAGGAAAUUGAGAUUUGAUUGGAUGAAUGAAUGAUUAAAUAAUCAAUUGAUUGGAUGACUUCCAAAAUGCAAAAUAGAAUUAAAUA